GUCAAUAUUGGCUUAAAAUAGUGAUAUAUGCCUCAACUGAGCGUAUCUUGGCCUAAAGUUUAGCAAAUGAUGGAGCCGACAUGAACAGCGCUUAGUUUUGUGUUUUUGGAUGCAAGAAGGAAGAUAUGGGGCGGAGGUGUUUGAGGUCAAAUUCAAAGUUAUUGUUGAACUUGCUUGAAGAAAACAGUUUUUUUAAGGCUCGUUAGCUUAUUUAAAAAAUGGCUGCUGCCUGCCCCACCAUCAAAGUUGUGAUGGUCGGUAAAGCAUUUGCGGGCAAGACAUGCUUGUGUACAAGGUAUCUCCAUAAAAGUUUUCCAACAUCAAAUUCAAAUACUGUUGGUGCUGCUUAUGGCGCAGAAUAUAGGUUCUACAAAAAUGACAAGAUAAAAUUUGAAAUAUGGGACACUGCUGGCUCAGAAAGGUAUGAGAGCUGGCUGCCGCUGUAUAUGCGCGAGUCCACGGCGGCUGUGGUCUGCUACGAUCUCACCAACGCCGAACACUGGGAGAAGGCCAAAAAAUACGUCGACGAGAUCAAACUGCGCGUCGAGGGCUGCCGGAUAUACCUGGUAGGCACCAAGCUGGACGUGAUCCAGAAACAGGGCCGCACGGCGCGCCAGGUGGACUUCCACGACGCGGUCGACUACGCCGACUCUGUGCGGGCCGUCUGUGUGCUGGAGACGUCCUCACUCACAGGAUACAACGUCGUGGAGGUGUUUGACCGCAUCUUUAACGACUGCGCGGCCGACGUGGUGCGCCAGUUUCGCGAGAGCCGCGCCGCCGGCGGAGGUCAGUCGGUGAGACUGGGCGCGGGCGCGCACCGCGGCCGAUGCUGUCCCUGACCGGUGGGUAUCGAGGGCCGAGCGGCCACACCAUCGUCAGACGUCAGUGCCCCGCGUGUGGUGAGUUUCCCCGGCGAGAGGCGGCCGGCUGUCGCCCAGUGAGCCGCUGCACCAGUCCCACGAGGGUUGGUGGGGGAGGUGGGAGAGGUAAGAGUCAGGAAAACGCCGCCCUGGAGGGGAGGGAGAGGAGGUGCUGCAGACGAGUAUGUAACCCUCGACUGGAGAAGAACUCUCGCAUCGGAAGGUGGACGCCUUACGGUCGCUCGCCGACGACUGUGACGCAAGUGUGCCGUGUUUGCUCGUAUUUAUGUGAUAUUUGUCGUCUUUCGGUGCGACAGUUGUUUAGCAGCGCCGUUUGCCCUGCGGGUCUCUGGGACGAGUCCGCAAUCCUGCCUCCCCAGACUAGUCCGAAAUAUGGGCGGGCGUCGGCGGAAUGGUCCGAAAACUUUCAUGGAAUAUGGCGUUUUGAGUAGUUUGCAUCCCAGAGUUGGACCGGGCGCAGUAGGCAUUCCUUACUAGAUCGUGUAACGUUUUCAUAUUGGGUUAUUUACUGAGGCUGCUUACAAACAUUUAUUUGCCGUUUGAACUGGUACAUAUUUUGAUUAGUUGCAAUGCAACGAAUUAACUGCCCUAUCCCUGGAGCAGCAUCGACGCACAUUUCGAGAUCUUGGAAUCUCCGCGUUCGUCCGUCCCCUUCGGGACUAGUUUGCGGAAGGGAUGGUGUCCGUAGCUUUUUGAUCAACGUUCCCAUGAAGUGUCUUAAGACGCGCCUGUUCCGUUGUGAAGUGGUUUGCAUUAUAUUUUGUUCGGUGGUGUGCCACCGGGUUUCCUGCGUGCCAUGACUGGGCGGUUGCUGGCCGUGUGGGUAUCGUCUUCCAUGUGUAUACCUCAGCUAAUCCAGUGGCGGUCGGCUCUGCAAUAGUCAUGUAUCGGUGCUGAGGCCCGUCAGCUGAUCUGUGAGGAGGGGCGCUCGCUCGCCCGCGCCGCGUUGUGAGACGCCCUGAGACAAUACUCGCCUGUGUUUGUGCGUGUGCGUGUGCUCGGGGUGCGCCGCGGGCUGUGAUCGCUGUCUUCCCGGCAUAGUGGCGGUGCAAGAGUGACAGGUGACCCUUGCGUAAUUCCGUCAGGGCGAUGCUGCGUUUGCGGCGGCUGGAGGAGAGAUCGAUAAUCGCCUAGAAUCAUAGUUCACGACAGCCGGUCGUACAGUGACGCAUCUGUUGAUUAUGACGUCAUUGUCUCUAGGAUCGCUGUCCAGUCGGUAAUCAUGCUGCAUAAGACUGUUGUACAGAUUCCUAGUCGAUCGGCCCACGGCUCAGCGCCCGAGUUUACCGGUAGAACCGAGACCGUGUGGUAAGAACAGCGAGUAGUGGGGCAGAGUAGCAGAGUCCCUCCCGUCUGGGCUAGACGGCCGCUCGACAGCACACCACGCAUCAGGGUAUUUAUUCCGCGUGCCGCAAUCGUUGCCUUAUAGUGCCUUGUAAACGUCCGAAGCAUGCCCAGUGUAAUGUGUAUCGGGGAAAAUAUAUUUUCAUUUCUUAA